CUGUCACCAGUUCCGAGCUGAAGCUGAAGAUCCCAGAAUGAUGUUCUGACAACAAUCUGUGUUGGAAGCUAUGAGGGUCAUUCUGCAUUACGCACAUUCUCUCUCCCCCGCCAAAUGCAGUCAAGUGUCAAGCUGCUGCUCCCCUGAACCUCCCUUAUCCGAACAAUCAAUGAAUUCAUCCUUCACCGAUGCCACCUCGUCGCCCAAUAUCCCCGCUCUCGUUUGAUUCAUGCUCGCUAAUCCCAUCGGACAAUGAUUACGACUCUCUCGCCGCCUCCGAUGACGAUCUAGACCCAGCUCAGCGUGUUGCUCGCCGUCGGAGAAUCGAAAAGUUUGCUGAAGCUUAUCUACAAGAUUCACCGCUGUUCCUUCUGUCCGCCUCGCUCCGCGGGCCUUUCGACAAAGGAUGGAAUAAUCCCUGGAAAAAGGAUAGGCGUAGCCCUGGAGGGCUGCAGAGGAGUGCGGACUUCAACCGUAAACGACCAGUGAUCCCUGAGACGAAUCCGCGAAAACGGCCCCUAUACCACGAGUCCCGUGAAGUCGACGGCUCACGGCUUUCUGCGCAACCCCCCGGGAGAAACUCCUCCGCACCGAACACCGAAUCCCACAGGACCCCUAUUACUGGGUCCUCUAAUAAACGAGCGCGGGCUGAUAGCAGAGAAAUACGAGUUGCAAGCGACACUGCCAAGGAUACAUUUGCCUCCAAAGGGCAAGCGACCCCGCACACAAAUAGGGCAUGGCUGAAGAAAGACUGUGCGGGAAUCGGAUUUCGAACUGUGAACCCGCCGACAUCGCCUACGGCAACCAUAUCUUCUCGCCGUGAGGGGCCAAAGAUCAGCACCAUACAGGUACCCGGGACUGACUACCGGUGGCCAGUGCGGGAUCAUCGGAAAGAUCUUAACCACCUGCGAGAGGACGACACUGGUGACCAUCGUGUCCCGGACACUGUCAAGGUUCCUGCGUUCAAGGAGCAACAGAGUAGUCAAUCGGAUGCUCAAAGAAUUCCGUCCGAUGCAACAAAUCAGGAGGGCUCGCUUUAUGUCCUUUCCUCAUCGUCGCACCUACCAAAAUUCGAGUAUCGACGCGCUAAGACAUCCGGUCAUGGCAGGCUUGAGCUUAAGUCUCCGGCUGAUCUUCGAGAACCAGGAGAUCCCCCCAGUCACGCCGAAAUGACAGAUAUCAGCGACCAUCAAGCCUGUGAGAGCAACCCCUCCCGCGGCGUCGCUCCGGCGGAGGCCAUCAAACUUGAGUCGCCUGAUCCUCCUGCCGCAGAUGAACCACAUGCACCUAUCUCUCAACGGGAGGUCGUUGAUGCCGCUAGAUCGCGGUCCGACUCUCCAGCAGAGAAGGCUCCGUCCACUCAUGAUCCUGCAGUGAGGGGCAUUAGCGACAAAUUACCUUCAGCGCAGCACCAACCCCUUAAUCCAGUCACCACACACAACGCCAUCUCGCUGCACACGAUCUCCGCGGGCAAAACUCACACUCAAAGUGAUGGAGAUACUAUUCCGGACCCACAAUUCAAUACCCAAGCCGCUCUUCUUCAUGCUCAGAUGUCGUUCCAAAAGGAUCUUGAGAGCCCCGAGUAUACUCCCGCGCGGGUUCCAAAUCCAGAAUCAAUAGCUCGCCACGAUAUCACACCGUUCUGCAGAGUGUCUACACCCGGUGGGUUCGGGGAUCUUCCCAACAACAAGGCACCUGGGACGUGGAGAGGCCCCAUGAUGAGCACACAAUACCUCAUUGAUGCCGUUACACCGUUCACGCUGAGUACCGAGAGGAAGAGGUCCAAGCCUCGAUUUUUGACUCCACAAGAUCAUGAGUCUAGCACUAUGCCAAGAAAAUCUUCUCUCGCAGCGGCAGCAUUGUCGUCGCCGGUUCCGAACUAUGUCAACGACGACAGCCUGAACAUUGACUCAUCUCAGCCGCCAGACCAUGCUGACCUGAAUGAUUUGACUGAAGGAGAAGAUUUGGAGACGACCCUCUCUGGAACAAUGCCUACCACCGGUGAGGAUGGUCAGGGAGGCGUAAUGGGUGCCGAGAGUUUCAAUCUCAACGAAGCGAUAGCAGAAGCGGGGAGCUGGCUGAAAGAGAGCUUUGACAUUGGCCAGGAAAUCAAACGAUGCGCCUCCUCGAAAUUCACGAGGUCGUCCUCCAGAGAUGCCGGCCGGUCAGCGGUAAGCCUGGAUGCUUGAAACAUUAUGCAUGGGGACUCUGAAUCAAGGGCAGUCGUUUAGUUAACGAGCCAGAGAAAUGGCUUGGUUCUUGGUCUUUAUUUUCGUGUACAUUGAGCUUUUAUUCCCUUUGCGUGCAUAGCUUUUAUGCGGACUUGGUCGCAACAUAGAUACACAUUACG